GCCCACCAUGCGUGCCAGAGCUGCUCUGUGGCUCGCUCUGUGUACCGCGUUUGCUGCGGCGGAGUAUGUCGACCCGCAGGUCCUGGAUGCUUGCCCUGGCUACACAGCCGAAAACGUCGCAAUCAACGGGUCGACUCUGACUGCCGACCUGGUGCUCGCGGGUACUCCUAGCAACGUUUUCGGGAACGACAUCGAGAAACUUGCUUUGGAAGUGGUGUACGAGACCGAAACGCGCAUCCACGUGAAGAUUACUGACCCAUCGACUGCCCGGUAUGAAGUCCCCGAAACCGUUCUGCCGCGUCCCCCAGCUUCAGGCACUGUCUCUCCCGACUCUGCCGCCAUCCGGUUCAAUUAUACGUCCUCACCUUUCUCGUUUUCCAUAUACCGGACGAGCACCUCCGAGGUCCUCUUCUCGACCGCGUCGCACCCGAUCAUCUUUGAGCCACAAUAUUUACGCGUGAAGACAGACCUGCCUGCUAACGCGAAUAUCUACGGACUGGGGGAGCACACGGACAGCUUCCGCCUGCCUACGCACAACCACACGCGGACAUUCUGGUCGCGAGACGCGUAUGGCGUUCCCAACGGGACGAAUCUCUACGGAAACCACCCGAUCUACUUUGAGCAUCGGAAAACGGGGACGCACGGCGUGUUCUUUUUGAAUUCGAACGGAAUGGAUAUCAAGAUCAACGAUACUGAGACUGGGGACGGGACGACGCUCGAGUAUAACACCAUCGGAGGCAUCUUGGACUUCUACUUCCUGGCGGGAAGCGAGACGGACCCGACUGAGGUUGCGAGACAGUACGCCCAGGUGGUCGGAACACCGGCUGAGGUCCCGUAUUGGUCCUUUGGAUUCCACAACUGUCGCUUCGGGUACACCGACUUCGUCCAGGUAGCCGAGGCUAUCACUAACUACUCUGACGCUGGCAUUCCGCUUGAGACUAUGUGGACUGAUAUCGACUACAUGUACAAGCGGCGGAUAUUUACAACCGAUCCAGACUACUUCCCAAUCCCCCGGAUGCGCGAAAUCGUCGACUAUCUGCACUCCCAUGAUCAGCAUUACAUACUUAUGACGGAUCCGGCCGUAGCGUACGCUCCGGGUGAAGGUUAUGGGGCCUUCGAUCGCGGAACGGAGUUGGACAUCUGGUUGAAGGCGCCGAAUGGUACUAGCCCGCAUUUGGGCCUCGUUUGGCCUGGUGUUACGGUCUAUCCAGACUGGUUCAACCCGGACACGCAGGCAUACUGGACGAAUGAGUUUGCACUUUUCUAUAGUCCUGAGACAGGCAUUGAUAUCGACGGCGCCUGGAUUGACAUGAACGAGCCUUCCAGUUUCUGCGUGUACCCGUGUACCGACCCCUUUGCUCAAGCGAUAGAACAAAACCUCCCGCCGAACCGGACGACGCUUCCACCCGCCCCUGACGCUCCCAUUUCCCACGACAACUCCACCGCGAACUCGACCGGUACGGUCCUGAAGCGGCAAGCACUCACUGAUGACGAGAUGCUGAAUCCUCCAUACGCUAUUGAUAAUGCUGCCGGGGGCUUGUCGAACAAGACCGCGCAUUCGGACACUUUGCAUGCGAACGGGCUGGUUGAAUAUAACACUCACAACUUGUACGGGACUAUGAUGUCGGUGGCGACGCGGGAAGCUAUGCUGGCGCGCCGCCCUGGUCUGCGCACUCUGAUCAUUACGCGGUCGACGUUCGCCGGUGCUGGUGCGCACGUCGGGAAGUGGUUGGGCGAUAAUUUCGCGGACUGGGAUCAUUAUAGGAAUUCCAUCUCAGGUGUUCUUGGCUUCGCUAGCGUGUAUCAAGUGCCGAUGGUUGGAGCGGAUAUUUGCGGUUUUGCUCAGAACACUACCGAAACAUUAUGUGCGCGAUGGGCCAUGCUGGGUGCCUUCUACCCUUUCAUGCGAGAUCAUAAUGAUGACACGUCCAUCCCGCAAGAAUUCUACAGGUGGCCGACGGUAGCAGAGGCCGCAAGAAAUGUCAUUGACAUACGUUAUCGCUUGCUGGACUACAUCUACACCGCCAUGCACAAAGCCAGCCUCGACGGUACUCCAAUCGUUAAUCCUCUUUGGUACAAGUACCCACGAGACGAGAACACCUACGGUAUUGACUUGCAAUUUCUCUAUGGUGACUCCAUCCUGGUCGCGCCCGUCACUGAGGAGAACUCGACUACCGUCGAUGUCUACCUACCCAAGGAUACCUUCUACGACUGGUAUACCCUCGCGCCAAUGCACGGAGAGGGCAGCAACGUGACGCUCACCAAUGUCAACUUCACCUCUAUACCGCUCUACAUCCGUGGCGGCGCGAUCCUGCCUCUGCGUGUCAGCGGCGCGAUGACUACCACCGCGCUUCGACAGACUCCGUUCGAACUUGUCAUUGCUCCGGGUAUUGACGGCUGCGCCUCUGGUUCUCUCUACUUGGACGACGGCGUCUCGAUCACUCCGGCUACCUACACUUCGAUCGAUAUCUCGUACAAGAAGGGCCAAUUGACGGUCGGAGGCCAUUUUGGUUACCUGUCUGACUUGCGACUGGCCAGGGUGCGUUUGCUAGGUGCUCCGCAUGCCUUCAGCGUUCCGCAGGUGCAGUGGAGCAAUGGGACUAGCGCGGUGAAUGUCACCUAUGACUCCGACAACAAAGUGUUGGAUCUCACGAUGGACUUGCCCCUUAGUGGCAAUUUCUCUGUUCAGCUUUCGUAGACCCAGAUGUCAAUGUAGCUGGACGGUUAAAUUCAAGCAUCGAAUUUUGGGGUUCGUGACCCGC